GCCAUCCCAAUGGCAACUAAUAAUUAAACACUCAAAGUGUGAUGAGUCUUAUACAUAGUUUCUUGUGUUUAUUUAUGUCUCUAAUGUCUGGCAUUCUGUUAAUGAAAGACAAACUUUUUUUUUCUCGUACACGUCAUAAACAAUUCUACCACAAACCAGAUUCAUCAUUGUCUUUAUUCGGAGGUCAACAUACAAAUUAGUGAUGAUAAUUAAAAAUGUACAUAUGACAACGCACGAGUGUCAAACGAAGAAGAUAGACAUGUACGUUUGACGAAUUCAACCGUAACAGGAAUCGAGAACAAGGAAAAGAAAGACAAAAUUCAUAUGUAUUGUGUUCAGUCAGUGGAAUUCCUCAUACUUCUCUCGUCUUUUUUUCUUCUUGCUUCUCUGAAGAAUCGAGAACUAUUUUACUCUAUUAUUUGGUUGGUUGGUUUCUUUUUCGUCUCAUCAUUCUUGUGUAUACUUGAUCGUUCUUUACUUGCAUCUUUUUCUUCCCUCUCUCUCUCUCUAGCCGGUUCGUCGACAAACGACCGAGAAAAGAAUGCUAACAUCCAAUAGAAAGAAAAGAAGCAACUUAUUUCUUUCCUUCUUUCGUAUAAAUCUUCAUCUUACUACAUAAUCAAAACAACAUUUGAUGAAUUAAAAUGA